ACAUAAUAUCUCGGCGAGAUCAACAUGCGGUGGUUCUUACUAUUGGCGGGUGCAGCCGUAGUGCUGGGUGCCGCACCGCGGUCACCAGCUCCUAGGGACAUAGACCUUCAAGAACACGACGAUGUUGGCUUCAUCAUCACCGCAUUCACAAAUAAUGAUAAGGAAGACUUCACUGGCCACAUCGGUCGCCGAGUGUCUGCCGAUGACGAUGACGUGUCCUUUGAGAAGACGUCAGAGUACUUCGAUGACGUGGAUGGCUACCGGCUCACCAUCACCUGGGACGGCCCAGCAGACAGAGUAUUUGAAGACUGCUAUGAUUUCGGUUCCCGACAGUGGUUUGGAGGUCCGGAACAAAAAGAACAAUACUGGCCAAUUCAAAAGUCUAAGCUCGAAAAAUACUCAACUGUCUCUAAAGAGGACGAUAACUCAGCUGUAUCAGAAAGAUACUGGCUCAACUCGGAGGGAAUCUAUAUUUACGUCCACCCUGAGGCACCACUGUUUGUUGACUACCACAAUAUCCUGGACAACCACAUCUGUCUGGUAGCUGAAGUAGCUGCUCCGUACUCUUCCAGACGUACCCACAAUGUUCUUAAAUACGAUAUCUGGUUUUUUAAUAAUGCAAAAGUAGCCCACCAACACGCAGUAGACACGUAUUUAGGGAAACCAUCCGGCGUUCCUGAUUACAGAAUGAUCCAGUAUCCAGUAUGGUCUACUUGGGCUAGGUAUUCCCGUGAAAUCGAUCAAGACUCACUGUGGAACUUUGCUAGUGAAAUUAAGAACAGUGGCUUCCCAAAUGCUCAGUUUGAAAUUGAUGAUCUAUGGGAGAUUUGUUACGGAUCCUUGACAGUAGACGAAAGAAAACUGCCAAAUUUAAAACAAUUAGUUCAAGACAUUAAGGGUCUCGGAUUUAGAGUGGCUAUUUGGGUUCAUCCGUUUAUCAAUCAAGACUGUGACCCUUGGUAUUCCGAAGCUCUCGAAAAAGGAUACCUCGUCCUCAACGAAGAGGGUAGCCCAGACACCACUUGGUGGAACAACAACGGUUCUAUCCCCGGGUACAUUGACUUCACCAACCCUGAGGCUGCCGCCUGGUACACCACGAGGAUUCAGAACCUCGUCGACGAAUACGAUAUUGAUACGCUGAAGUUCGAUGCUGGAGAAUCUAGCUGGUCACCUCAGAUACCAGUUCAGAAUGGAGACAUAGAUCUACAUCCAGGACAUAUUGUGCAAUCCUACGUGCGCGCGGUCGCUCAGUUUGGACCUAUGAUUGAGAUCAGAUCUGGAAUGAGAACUCAAGACCUCCCAGUAUUCAUCCGCAUGGUCGACAAGGAUACGUACUGGGGCUUCAACAACGGUCUGCAGACUCUCGUGACCACACUCCUGGCCAUGAACCUCAACGGAUACACGCUGGUGCUGCCCGACAUGAUUGGUGGGAACGGGUACAAUCAUAAGCCCAGCAAGGAGCUGUUCGUGCGCUGGCUUCAGGCUAAUGUGUUUAUGCCCACGCUGCAGUACUCUUUUGUACCCUGGGACCACGACGAAGAAGCGGUAGAGAUCUGCCGUAAAUACACCGAGGUGCACGCAGAGUAUGCUGACGACAUUCUUAGGGCCAUGGAGGCGUCGGUGAGCAAAGGCACGCCGGUCAAUCCGCCCGUGUGGUGGCUCGACCCCAGCGACGAGGAGGCACUUGCUAUCGGAGAUGAGUUUCUCCUGGGCGAGCGUAUCCUGUCGGCUCCGGUGAUGGUGGAGGGCGCGGUGUCCAGAGACGUGUACCUGCCUCGCGGAGACUGGCGGGACGGAAACACCGGGGAGCAGUACUCCGGCCCUCUCUGGCUGAAGGACUACCCCGCACCGUUGGACACGCUACCAUACUUCAUACUUGAAUAACGUUGAAUUUUUUAUGACAAUAAAUACAUGUAUAUAAUAUAGUAUGAGUAAUUGAAUUAAGUGCAAUAAAAUAUGUAUGAUAUUAUCGGAUGAAAAUAUAAUAUAUUUGUUUAUAUGUUGAUGGAAUUAAGAAAAUUAAAUUCAUAUAUAUAUA